AUGGCGGUAGGGGGCGUAUUACCUUCCGAAUCCGAUGAACUUGUGAAACUGAAAGCGGUUUGCGAGGAAAAUUUACAAGAACAAGAAGACGAGCUUCUGAUUCCUGUGCAGUUGUCAGGUGACCAUAUUGAAAUUGAGGCUUGGAUGCCGAUAGAGACUGAUAUGAGCAGUACCCAGGCAUUGUCUUCAAAGAGUGAAAGCGGUCGCCCAAAUAUAUGCAGAUCCGAUUCAGGUAAAAGAUGGCAUUCGACAUUCUCUGUGGCUCAACUUACACCGUUACAAAUCAAUGUGACAUUCCCAUUAAGCUAUCCCUCCGAUGAUCCACCGUUUUUCACCUUAUGCAGUGAAUGGUUAGACGGUGGACAGUUGAGCGCCCUCUGUAGGCACCUUGAUGCAAUGUGGGGAGAGAUGUCACAACUACCAAUAGUGUAUUCAUGGGUAGAUUGGUUAAAAAAUGAAUCUUUGAGUUUCCUAGGUUUGGAGAAGACAGUUGUACUAUCACCAUAUCAAAACACAGACGAUGAUAUAGUAGGUCCUGUUGAUCCAAGGGCUUUGCCAACAUGUGUUGAUUUACAAAAAAGCAUUAUUCAAAUACUAAGACAUAAUAUUACAUGUGAAAUGGAGAAAUUCCAGAGAGAAGAUCACCAAUGUGGAAUUUGUUUCGAUACAAGGACAGGAAGUGAAUUCUAUCGUCUCGGUAACUGCACACACCAUUUUUGUCAUGAAUGUUUAGCGGCAUACUGUACAACACAUGUAUCAGAAGGAACUGUUCAGUUAUUAGUGUGUCCUGAUUCAGAUUGCAAAAAUCCGCUACCCCCUGCAUUAGUGAGAGAUGUGUUGACUAAAGAGCAGUAUGAAAGAUGGGAAAAGCUGAGUCUUCAGAAAACACUUGAUGCCAUGGAUGAUAUUGACUAUUGCCCACGCUGUAAUAUGGCUGUAAUCAAAGAAUCCGAUCAUUCUAAUUUAGCGCAUUGUACAUCAUGUUUCUAUUCUUAUUGUACAUCAUGCAAGGAGUCAUGGCAUCAGGGAACAAAGUGUGUAACACUGGAAGGCAAAUUGAAAGAAAUGGCAGAAGCAGAUGCUGAUAGUCAACGUGCAGAUGCUAAACUAGUGGCACAGAAACUUAAACAGUAUUUGAAAGAGGAACAUGCAUCCAAACAAGCCAUUAAAUGUACGACUGUGGCAUGCCCUGGAUGUUUGGUCAGAAUUGAAAGAAAUCAAGGGUGUAAUCACAUGACAUGUGUGAAGUGUAAAACAGAAUUUUGUUGGCUGUGUCAAAAAGCAAUCGUAGGUUACGGACAUUUCUCUUCAUGUGCUGCACGUGGACUAGAUGACCCUCGUCAAGACUAUGUCGCACCCAUCAGAAGAACACCUGUUAGACCACAAGUGGAGAGUCAAGCUAAGAUACAUGUCAUAUUAAGUCUACAUCCGGAAAGAAAAAAAGAUCUUGUGAAGUGUCCAUGUUGUCAGCAGCAAAACUUACGGGAAA